AUGCUUCCGCAAAAUGUCAAGGAUCUUGAGAAGGAGCAGAAAGCACAGAAGAUCUACCUUUUCGGGUUCGACAUUUCACAUUUGUAGGUUUAUUUUAUGUUUUAAGGUUUGGCAGUUUUUUCAAACAGCUGAAACUUUAAUAUUCUUGGUUUAGGAACUCAACAGUUCAGUUCUUGUUGUUAUGUUUGGCCGUGUUCGUAUGUUAUUGUGGCUAUGGAUACAUGCAAGAGUUUAUCUUCCGAGUAGAAGGUAUGAAACCGUUUGGGUGGUACCUUACAUUGAUCCAGUUUUGUGUAUACUCAGUAUUUGCUAGCGCUGAAGCGAAAAUGACAACGGACGGGAUUAGGAAGUAAGUUUGUUUUAGGUACUUCUUAAAUUUUUAAUUUUGGUUUAACCUUAUUUCAUAUUUCUUACCUAGUUUUAAUGAAAAUGUUCUCUACUUCAAGAUUGAUGUAAAAUUAUUUUUAUUUCAGAAUUCCUAUGAAAACGUACUUCCAAAUAGCAUUUUAUACUGUUGCCACGAUGGGGUUGUCAAAUGCAUCAGUAGGAUACUUAAAUUAUCCUACACAAGUGAUAUUCAAAUGUUGCAAGCUAAUUCCAGUGUUGAUUGGAGGUAAGAAUAACUUCAGUUUGGUAAUAUUACCUAAAAAAUUUAGUUUAUGGUUUAUUAAUUUACUUUUCUUAUGUAAAGAAUGCCUACUUAAAAUUUAUUUUUAGGUAUAUUAAUUCAAGGCAAAAAGUUUGGUGUAUAUGAUGUGUCAGCGGCCGGAUUGAUGAGUUUAGGUUUGAUCUUCUUCACCUUGGCUGAUAACAGUGUGUCGCCUAACUUCGACCCUCGAGGCUACGUUAUGAUAUCUUUAGCAUUAGUGGCAGAUGCUAUAAUUGGAAAUGUACAAGAAAAAGCGAUUAAGGCACAUCAGGCAGCAAACUGCGAAGUCGUACUUUAUUCGUACACAAUUGGGUCGGUGUACAUUCUUAUAGGCACUGUCUUGAGCACAGAGUUCUUUAGUGCGUUUGUAUACUUUGCCGAAGUAAGUUUAAUGACAAUUUAUAUUUCAAACAUUUUAAAACGGUUUCAAUUUUGUUUUUUAAAUGUUAUAUUAAUAUAUUAACGACACUUCUUUUACUUUAUAACUUGAAAGUGCUUUGUUUAGAACCCAGCAAUGUACGGAAACGCCAUUAUAUUCAGUAUAUUGGGAUACUUUGGCAUUAAUGUCGUAUUAACUUUAGUCAGAACAUACGGAGCUUUAAUAGCAGUUACAGUAACAACUAUGCGGAAAGCAGUGACGAUCGUAUUGUCGUUUAUAUUCUUUACCAAACCUUUCACGCUGAACUACUUGUGGUCAGCAGCACUAGUCUUGAUAGCUAUAUACCUCAAUAUCUAUUCUAAAAACAAGAAUAAGAUGGACGCUUUAUAUCAGAAGUGGUUAUACCAAAGGAAACCACUCAAGAGUCAGAUGGACAACGUGUAG